GUCACUCCUUCGCACAACGCUGUAGAGCUGUGGCGCAUCAUCACACUUCUGACAACUGCAAUUGUUUUUACACAAACUGUAGAGGAGUAGAAGCAAGACAGCGAGUUCACAGGGACUUUCCAGAGCGAGAAACCCCUAGAAAACUGGCACAGUCGGGCACAAUGAAGACAAUUGCCGCUUUCUGUUGCCUUCUGUCUGUAGCCGUGUGGGCAGCAGGCGCCAACAUAAACGUGGAGGGAACGGAGGGUGGAGAAGUCACGGUUGUGUGUCAACACAAGCUGGCCUCGAAGAACACAAAGGGCUUCUGCAGGGACCCAUGUGCAGGCAGCGCUGAUAUUCUGGCUACUGUACAGUCCGGUACAGUGGCGAAAACAGGGAGAAUCACUCUGGUGGACCAGGGCACCGGAGCGUUCAGCGUGACCAUCAGCCCCCUCCAGCUGUCGGAUGCUGGGACGUACUGGUGCUCAGUGGACAGAACUCUGUUUACAACGUACACUGCAGUUUACCUGACCGUCAAGAAAGCUGCUACAACAGUUGCGGCUGAUGUUUCUUUCACGUGGACAGAGGCAGAAACAUUCAGCUCCACACAGCCAGUGCCUGAAACGGACACGGGUGGACCUGCACACGUUUCAACCUGGAACUACUCUAACACAGGCGAUGGCGGCUCAAGCACAGGCACUGUGUUGUGCGCUUGCAUCGCGGCUGCUUCUGCACUCACAGUCGUUCUGUGUGCAGUGAGCUUCAGGAAAUGCAGAAAAGUCUCUGAACCUCAGCCUCAGGUUUCCAGCAGCAGUGGCACAGAUCUCAGAGCGCCUACAAAAAACCCACCUGAGAUGACGUGUGCUCAGCGGCCCAACCUGCAUCCAACAACAACAUCCGGAGGCACAGCGGCUGAGGAGAGGCCGCACUCUCCCAUUUACGAAAACUCCUGCAUCUUCAGAGAGAACACAGACCCGAGACAAUCAGCUGCAAACGCCCGGAGCCCCCACGACAACGCAUCCAGGAUCUACAUCAGGCCUUUGCCUCCCAUAGUGUGUGAGCAGAGCCAGGAGAGCGCAGCUAGAAAACACAGAAAGAAAACAGCAGAGAGCGACGGAGCAGAGCCCAACGUCAGAGCAUCAGAGCCCCAGAAACUUUGGUUUGGUUUGGAUUUAUCAGGAACAAUCUGAGACGGGAUUUCUGAUGGAUCGUUGAACUGUACUGGAUUUUUUUCCCCAAGCGUGUAGAAGAAAAUAAAGUUACAAUAAGUGAAGUUGUGAAGAAAAAAACUGAACAAGAGAAAAGGUAGUGCAUUUAUAGAAAAUCGUUAUGUAGUUCACAAGUCAUUCAUAUAACAUUCAUAAAAUAUGGUCCCAAACAAACACUACUUUACUACGUGCUUGAAGAACAUACGUAUCUAGUCGUACCCGCUUGUCUUUCACCACUUUAUAGUUAAUGAGGCAUCUUACACCUGACACAUACUGUAGCGGAGCCAGUCCCUGUAACUAACAGCACCAGCCCCACUGUGCACCCACCCUCCUGCACUCACCCACUUACACAACACUCACCCUAAUUACACUCUGACACACAAGCAACUCAAUACCCAACACCCAAGAGUUGUGAGCCAUGUGUGUGCAUUGACUUUUAUUAUCAGACACCCUACCCCACAUACUCUUUGUAAUAUAUACGUCUUCACUCGUAUAGUUUGAAAUACUGCCCCUUUUAUAUUUAUAUCUAUACUGUGUUAUACUUGUACAUUGUUUUAAUUCAUCAUCUAAUUUGUUCCAUGAUUUUAAAUCACUUACUGAAAAACAGAAACUUUUGAUAUUUAGAAUGAUGUAAUUUGCAAUCUUGCCCAGUUUAACCCUGUGACAGCAGUGACUGUUGGGCUAAUUUUUACUACUGUACUUCUGCCAUUUAUGAUUAGAAGCAGUUAAACCUUUAUUUGAAGGCAUCAGUCCUACCUGAUAACUCAUGUGAAGCAUCAGGCAUAAGCUAAUCUGAUGUCAGGAAGCAGUUCGGUAUCAUGUGGAUAUUAGAACCUUGGCCUGUUACAGUAGCUCAGUGGGUUGAGCACUAGCCUGGAAAACAGAAGGUUGCCAGUUUGAUCCCAAAUGUGUUCUUAAGCAAGGCACUUCACACCAGCUCCCAGGGCGCCCCCAUGUGUGGAGCCCGCUGCUUGGGGGGUGCUUCAAAACCAUUUCUUUUCUACUUGUACUGUAUUGUCUGUUUACACCAAGAGCCCUAAUUGGUGGAAGCUCUAAUUUUGUUGUAUCAUGCUUUACAAUGAUAAUGAAGGCUAUUCUAAUCUACUGUAUUCUAUUAAACGCUAUUAAAUUCUA